AUGUUAGACUCGCAGUAUGCCAAUCUACAGUCCCAAUUAUUGAAGAGAUCAGAAGAGUUUGAGGAGAUGAAGCGCUCUUUGGAUGACUCGGUACAGAAACUAAGAGCAGAGGCCGAACGAGCUCUUGCCUUUGAGAAGAACCUGGAACGGUGUACAGAGAAUCUGCAAGCCGAGAAGAUAGCUCGUCAGAAUGCAGAGAUCAGCGCCGCUUCCGCUCAAGCAAGGAUUACGACGCAAGAGCAGGAAGCCCGGGAGCUGCAGGCUAUUAUCAACAGCCUGUCCAACGGCGCGGACGACUCGGCAACUCGAUUGUUAAAGCUCUCGGAGGAGAAGAAGAAACUGGAGAAUCAGGUGAAGGAUCUCCAGGCGAACCUGCGGGAGGCAACGAUGACACCUGCUCCUGCUCGCCGGGGACCACGUCGAACGUCAUCUCUCUCGGACGCCCGCCACAUAUUUCUUGAACAGGAGUUGACUGAGCUUCGCGCCGCGUACUCCAAGGUUGAAGCAGAGCUCCAUACGGCGAGGGAAGAGCUGCAGCGAUCGCAGGCUAGCUUGUGCAAUACGGAAAACGAACGAAUUGUGGCGGAGAAGCGGUUGAAGGAGCGUGUUCAGGAGCUGGAGAAUGUCUUAGAGUCGCAAGAGGAAGAGCUACUGAUGUUGAAGUCUCAGGCCGGAGGCGAUGCCACCGCUCAGCGGGAGGAAGACCUACUGUACCGCAUCGAGCAAGAAGAAGCGAAGGUAGCCACACUGAAUCAAAUGGUGGACUCCUUAGAGCAAGAAGCACGAUCUUUACGAAAGAAGAUCGGUGUGGAAGCGUCUCACGCUGCCGACCUGGAGUCCAGGAACGUUGACUUGAUGUCGAAGAAGGAGCGAGCCUUGCAUGAGCUCCAUGAUACCGAGGUCAAGCUGAAAGCUGCCCUUGAGACGCAGAUAGACCAGCUGCAGGCUGCUAUUCAGCCUCAACUGCUCGUGUCACAACGGGAAGAGGGUAAGGCGUACCCCGAGCCCGAAGAUCCCGACAUUAUUGCGACCGUCGAGCGCCUUCUGAAGGCUGUCGAGCGCCUCCGGUCAGAGAGAGAUGGUCUCCGGCGCGAUCUGGAAUUCUUGCAAAUGGAGUCGGCAAUCACGGUCCAAACGCUGGAGAAGAGGCUGUCCGCUAUGAAGGAUCGUGAGCAAGAACUGCCCCUUGCCGCGCAGCUGCAUGAGGAAAUCGACACCCUGCAGACACGACUGGCGGAGAGCGAUGCUCAACAUUCCCGCUUGUUAUCACAGAAGGACGAUGACAUCAAACGUCUGGAGGCCAGGGCGUCGACUCUCGCCAGCAGUAUCGAAGAGUCUCAGCGCAAGGCUGAUCAACUUAUCGCCGAGAAUGCCGAUCUUGACAAGCAGCUUAACGAGGCGCGACAUUCUAUUCGAGAGGCAGAGGACGCUUCUCGCUCCCGAGAGCGAGAGCUAACCGCAAUGAAGACUGCAAUGGACGGGACCCAGACGCGUAUUACCUCCGCUUUGGAAGAGGUCCGUGCACUUCAAUGCGAGCGGGAGGAACUCUUGCACAGGGUCAGGCAGUUGCAAGAUGAAUUGACGUCCUCGACGCAAGAACUUGCGUCUACUAGGCGGGAACUGAGGCAGACGGAAGGCAAUCUGCAAGAGGCACUGAAGUCGCUUGAGAUUGUGGAAUCGCAGCGAGAGUCGCUUAUUACGGAGGUAACGAACCUCCAGAGCGACCUAGAGGCAGCAAGGCACGAGCUCGAAGACGCAGAACAGCGUAAUGACACCCUGCAAGCAAAGCAGCUGGCAUCCUUCUCAUCUUAUGAGGCAACCAAGGCUCUAAGACAGCAGAUCGAGACGCUGGAGCAGCGCGUGCAACGCCGCACUGAACAGAUUGGUAUUCACCAGCACGACAUCAAGAGACUGGAGCUUAACCUCAAGCUACAAGAGGACCGAGUCAAUGAGAUGGUUGCCGAACUUGAGACAAUGGCAAGCCAGAAGGAGGCCAUGGUGGAGGACUGCGCCGCAGCUCGGGAAGCCAGGGACGAUGCCCUGACGAGGGUGGAAGCGCUCGAGCUAGAGCUAGAGACGGUAGAUAGCCGUGUAAUGGACGCUGAGGAGGCCAGGCAGUCGGAGUGCGCGGCUCUGAUCGGCGUCUGGGCGCAAAGCAUGAGUCGCCUCAGGGCAACUCGAGUCUUGCUUCAGCACAAUACGCAGCGCGCCGUCCCAGAGACACGGCCCAUGGACGUGGAUGAUUCUCACCUCGCGGAGGAGCUCAAUAGCCUCCGCACUGAACAUCGGAAAUGUCUCGAUGAUCUGGAGGGGAAGAGUGCCUCGCUACGCUCCCUCCAAGCGUCCUCCACUGCUACCUCCGAGGAUCUACGGCUGGUGACGGUAGCUCUGGCCUCAGCCAGAGCAGGCUUAUGCACCGCUUCCGAGGCCACCACGGCAGUCAGGAUGGAACUGGUUAAUGUUCGCUCUCGAUGCGAAGCCUUGGAAGCGGAGGCGCAAUCCAAGUCUGCAGAGAUAUCCGCGCUGGCAGAACAACGGGAGCAGUCCGAGCUUAGAUGCGUCGAUGCUAUCAUGCAGAAAGAAGCGUUGGUCGAUGACAACGCUAAACUACAACAACAACUGCUGGAGCUCCAGCGUACCAGUGAAGAUUCUGCAGUUCAACUGAAGGAGGAGGUCGAGAAGCUGCUUCGGGCGCAAGAUGAUAUGGAACUUCGCCUGUCUCAGGCCUUUGCAAAGUCACAAUCAGAGGAUCUUCGGGACGAACUAGAUGCCCUCAAGGCCGCGCAUUCUCAAGAACUGGUCAAACUGCAAGACGAGCUAGCCAUCACCCUUAGAGAUCUGGAAGAAGCUCAAAGGUGUCGUGACGCUUUAGAGACUCAAAUCCGAGAGACCGAACAGACCCGCGAAGCGAUGGAGGCGCGACUUUCUGAUGCAGAAAAUCGGUUCCAGAACCAACUCAGCGAGCUUGAGGCCAAAUACGCUGAAGAGCUGUGUAAAACGGGAGCGGACCUUCAGCAGGAAAUCGACCGCUUGACGGAUGUUUUGCGAAAAUCAGAAGCAUCACAUGCCAAUGCAACAGUGGAGAUCGAGCGACUCAGAGAGAACCACGAACGCCAGCACUCGGACUUGCGUCAACAGCUUGCGCGGAGUCAAGAUGAGCUGCAAGCUACCCUGGACGAGCUUCAUUCCAUGCGAGAAGAGAAGUCUAUGCUUGAUACUGAGUUCAAGAAGACCGCAUCGCAGAUAGAGAACCUGUUGUCCAUGAAGUCAUAUCUGGAGGAUAAGCUUAAGGACAGUGAGAGCGCAGUUUCAUCUUUACGAGAGCAAUCAGAUCGUCUCAAAUCGAGCUUGAUUCGAAGCGAGAAAGCGGAGAAAACUGCCGAGAUGAAUCUAUCUCUCCAGAGCACCCAGCAUGAGCAUGUCGUCGCGACCCUCAAGCGCGAGAUUGAACGUCUGAAGUCAAGGCCUGACUUCGAAGCUGAAGCCUUGGAGCUCAGAGAGAGGAUCGAUGAGAUGGAUCAACUCCUGCGGAGUAAGUCCGCAGAAAUCGAAGAGAAUGAUGACAAAUGCAUCGAACUCCUGAAGGAAAAGAAGAAACUGGCACACAAAGUGGAGACUCUGACACGAAAGGUGCAGAGUCUGCAAAUGAAGCUUUCUUCUGCGCAAGGAUCAUCGUCGACUCCUGAGGAGGUGAACCACGUCUUCUCGAGAUUGAGCCCCGCGAGAGGCACCAUGCCUCCCGUGCCUCCUCUUCUUGCCCAACCAGCUUCAUCGAUACUAGCCACGCCAAGCGGACGAACCAGAACAAUUUCUGGGCCAUCCUCGCUGCCGCGGCCUAAGACACCAGACUUCAAGGCGACGCAUUUCAGCACUGCGAGGAUGAAGACACCUGAACAAAGAAAUCCGUUCUAUCAGCCUCCAGCUGAGGCAUCUUCGUCUGUGGCCGGUAAGAAAAGACCGGUGCCGGAAGACUUCGAUGACUGUGGAAGUGUACCUCCUCAGGGCAUCGUGGCUGAGCGUCUGGUAACCUUUGGAGAGGAAAAUGCGACGCCGCGUGUACGGAGACCAUACCAUAACGCUCGAACAGGCUUUACUCCCCAGCGAAGUGGGGCUCUCGCAUCGGGCUCAAAGCAGCAAUCCCCUGUUCGCAGGAUGACCACCGGUGCCCCUUCUGCCGCAAUAUCCGAUGUUACCAACAGUCCCAGAGGCGCCAGCAGGGCAAGCAGCGGCGUGACUAAGUCGCUGAAAAGUGGCUGGCUAGGGAAGAUUCGGGGAGCGUCCUCAACACAGCCUGGGCACAGGACAUUCUCGUCACGUCCGCCUUCUCGUAAUGAACCGAGUGGGCACUCAUGA